AUGCAGUCCGCCUUCGAUAAAGGUCGCCAGUGGAUGCAACAAGAUGCACCAGAAAACGAAACAAGAAAAGCUGGCGACUUUCGCAAGACCGAAAACAGCAUGCCCCGACGCGACACCAGCGACUGGAAAAUAUCACUCACCGAUAAUGUUUCCUCCUACCUUGGGAGUCGCAACCCUAUGGCCAGAGAUAUAGAUCCCAAGACAGAAUCUGUUUGGCUGUUUGAUAACGUUGCUUACCGACCCGUACACGUCUAUCCACACAAGCCGCAGCCUCAUCAAGCAGAAUUUAUUGCAGCCUACUUCCAAAGAAACACCGGGAAAGACAUCAGCCAAGCGGUAGCAGAUAUAGCGGAGAAGAUAGGGCUAAAGAAGCAGGGAGCCAAUGAAGCAGAGACCGAAAAGCGCAUCGCAGAGCGCUUACAACCAUUCACAGACGCAAUCGCCCCUGCACGCUCUGUUUCUAUCACCCUCCCCAACGGCCAACAAGAACGACUCGGUCCCGGCGGCCGCAGCGCAGUCAGCGAACAAACCCUCGUCGCGCUCGAAUCGCACAAAGACGGCGAAACAAUCUCCAUCCAGCCCAACCCGCCCGAAGUCGCCAUACACGGGGCCAUGACGACACACUUCACCGAACCCGAAGGCUGGCUCAUAAUCUCCGACAUCGACGACUCGGUAAAAACAACCAUGACGCCCUCUCCCAUCGGCAUCCUACAAACCACCUUCGUCGACGACCCGAAACCCAUCCCCGGCAUGCCCGAGCUCUACCAACGCAUCCAAUCCACUUUCCCACAACCGCCCACCUGGUUCUACCUCUCCGCUUCGCCCUACAACCUCUACCCUUUCCUCCGCUCCUUCCUGCACGCGCACUACCCGCCCGGCCCCAUUGUGCUGCGCGACGCUUCGUGGAUGAACCUCGGUGGAUUCCUCGCGAGUCUGACGCAGGGGACUGAGGCGUAUAAGAAGAGUAGGAUUGAGAAGAUCCAUCAGUGGUUGCCGAAAAGGAAGGUCAUUUGUGUGGGGGAUAGCACGCAGAGUGAUCCGGAGGCGUAUGGGGAUAUCUGUAGGAAGUAUCCAGGGUGGGUGAGGAAGGUGUUUAUUAGACGGGUGGAGGAUGUGGCGGAGAUGCAGGGGACGGAUAAGAAUAGUGCGGGGAGGUUUGAGAAGGCGUUUGAGGGGGUGGAGAAGGGGGUUUGGCAGACUUUUCUCAAGCCGGAGGAGUGUUGGGAGGCGGUGGAAAAGCUGAGAGGGACGUGA